CUAGAUGUGCAAUAUAUGAGCUGGGACAUCCCCCUGCUGAGCGCUGCAGUAUGCUCCAUGCAAUAUGAAGCUCUGCCAGCGGGGGGCGCUACCUGCUAUGGAGAAACAGAGUGGAGCGGAGUCGGGGCCUGGCAUGGGAAUUUUUUUAUGUGCUCUCCUUCCCAUUCUUCCUAUGCAGACAGACACACAACAUGGCGGACUAGAAUAGUCGGCCGACGCGCCCGGAUACAGCGGAUAAACUGUGGGGGCUUUACCAUCCGAGGAGGCAAACAAAGGACCCUCCGACCUGAUAGCACACACGGGAGAAUUGAUAUAUUUUCAGGGGGAGCCAUCUUUAUCUGGAUUUAUCAGGAAAAACUGAUUGCGAAGUGUUGGCAGCGUGUCCCAGGUUGCGCUUCCCCCCCAACCCCGCUCUCGCUCCUCUCUGUUCCCGGGGUGUGGAGACAGGGGCCGGGUUGGAAAAACGUGGAAGAGAAGGACCGGAUCAAAUUCCCCCCUCUUUUGGCCUUCAUUUCUCCCGGAAAGGCUUCCCCUCUGGGCGCCGCAGGAGUUGUGGACCAAGUUAUGCGAACGAGUGACUGAUGCCAACUUCGCUUCUUCAGGGCAGAAUGGGUUUGUGUCCCCUGCUCCUGCUUCUUGCUGUAGCCCUCCGGGCCACAGCCCAGGAAGAAGUCCACAUCACAAGUCCUUCAAGUGUUACUGCCAAACCAAUGGACCCACCUAUCCAACCCUCCGUCAACCACCCAGGUACUCAUCCAACAACCUCCCAAGACCGAGUCCCAGCACCUGACCUCACUGCUGUCAUGCAAACAACAAAAAUGACAACAACAACAGAAGCCACCAUCAAACUAACAACAUCAGCAAGCUCAGAUGUGAAUGAUGAAGCAGAUUCAACAGAGCCACUGCCAACGGUUUCUCCUACUACUCUCUCAACUAAGGUGCCAGAAAGCACCGUGACUGUCUCUCCUUCCAUCCCGACAAUGGUAGAGCACACCUCCACUAUGUCGAGCAUCACAGAACAGGAGACCACGAUGAGCAGUCCUCCACAUAAUGAGUCUGAAGAUAUGCCAUUAAUUGCUGUGAUGGUGGCCCUGUCCUGCCUCCUGGUCAUCAUCUUCAUCAUCAUCAUCCUUUACAUGCUCAGAUUUAAGAAGUACAAGCAAGCAGGAAUCCAUUCAAACUCCUUCAGAUUGACCAAUGGCAGAUCAGAUGAUACAGAACUCCAGUGUGUGCCGCUAUUGGCUCGGUCACCCAGCACAAACAGGAAGUACCCACCCAUUCCCGUAGACAAACUAGAGGAAGAAAUGAACCGUCGCAUGGCCGAUGACAACAAGCUCUUCAGGGAGGAGUUUAAUGUACUGCCAGUCUGUCCCAUUCAGGCAUCAUGUGAUGCAGCUUCCAAAGAGGAGAAUAAAGAGAAGAACAGAUACGUCAACAUCCUGCCAUAUGACCACUCCAGGGUUCAUCUCUCAUCUCUGGAAGGAGUCCCCGAUUCUGACUUUAUCAACGCUUCCUUUAUAAAUGGCUACCAGGAGAAGAAUAGGUUUAUUGCAGCUCAAGGCCCAAAGGAGGAAACAGUAAAUGACUUUUGGAGGAUGAUUUGGGAGCAGAAUACAGCCACCAUUGUCAUGGUGACCAAUCUGAAGGAGAGAAAAGAGUGUAAGUGUGCGCAGUACUGGCCGGACCAGGGCUGCUGGACAUAUGGAAACAUUCGAGUGUCUGUAGAGGACGCUGUGGUUCUGGUGGACUACACGAUCCGCAAGUUCUGCAUCCAACAGGUGGGAGAUGUGUCUGGAAAGAAGCCUCAGAGGCUCGUCACUCAGUUCCACUUCACCAGCUGGCCCGACUUCGGGGUGCCCUUCACUCCGAUUGGCAUGCUCAAGUUCCUGAAGAAGGUCAAAAACUGCAACCCCCAUUAUGCAGGCCCCAUUGUUGUUCACUGCAGUGCUGGUGUAGGAAGGACAGGUACCUUUAUAGUGAUAGAUGCCAUGUUGGACAUGAUGAACGCAGAGAGGAAGGUGGACGUGUUCGGCUUCGUCACCAGGAUACGAGCCCAGCGCUGUCAGAUGGUCCAGACUGAUAUGCAGUACGUUUUCAUCUUCCAGGCGUUGUUAGAGCACUACUUGUACGGAGACACAGAGCUAGAGGUGACCUCGCUCGAGUGCCACUUGGCUAAACUCGGCGCCAACUCACCUGGAGCUGGCUGCAAUGGUCUGGAGGCUGAGUUUAAGAAACUAACAUCCAUCAAGAUUCAGAAUGACAAGAUGAGAACGGGCAACCUGCCGUUGAACAUGAAGAAGAACAGAGUGCUGCAGAUCAUUCCAUACGAGUUUAACAGAGUGAUCAUUCCAGUCAAACGAGGAGAGGAAAGCACAGACUAUGUCAAUGCCUCCUUCAUUGAUGGCUACCGUCAGAAAGACGCAUACAUAGCGAGUCAGGGGCCCCUGCUGCACACCAUAGAAGACUUCUGGAGGAUGAUCUGGGAGUGGAGGAGCUGCUCCAUUGUCAUGCUCACUGAGCUGGAAGAGAGAGGGCAGGAGAAGUGUGCUCAGUAUUGGCCCAGUGAUGGAGUGGUGUCGCAUGGGGACAUCACCAUCGAGCUUAAAAGGGAGGAGGAGAAUGAGAGCUACACUGUGCGUGACCUCCUAGUCACCAACAAAGCGGAGAACAAGGUUAGACUUGUGCGUCAGUUUCAUUUCCACGGCUGGCCAGAGGUGGGCAUCCCCACAGACGGUAAAGGCAUGAUCAACAUCAUUGCUGCAGUGCAGAAACAACAGCAACAGUCUGGCAACCAUCCCAUCACCGUACACUGCAGUGCUGGUGCUGGCCGUACAGGGACUUUCUGUGCCCUCAGUACGGUUCUGGAGAGGGUGAAGGCGGAGGGCAUCCUGGAUGUCUUCCAGACAGUGAAGAGCCUCCGACUACAGAGACCGCACAUGGUGCAGACACUGGAGCAGUAUGAGUUCUGCUACAAAGUGGUCCAGGAAUAUAUUGAUGCAUUUUCUGACUACGCCAACUUCAAGUAGGGCCAUGCCAUGGAUGGAUGGAUAUCCACAUUUAUUACAAGUACACCAAGCUUGUACCAGAACACAUAAUGUCUCGCAGCAACUGCAUAUUCCCAAUCUCGUGGAUGAUAAAGAAAGACUGAUUAUGCGAUCAGUGGAUUGGAAUAACUACUCGCUGGAAAAGGGAACAGAUGUCUACGCCAGGAGGAAAGGGCAGUACAGAUGGACACGAAGUUACUGAGAUGCCUUCUUGAAUAUUUUGUAAGGAUGUUAAUAACAAACCAUCACCCUUUUUCUUGCUUUACAUCUUCACACCCAACAUGUAUAUAAUUACUUACUGUGUUGCAAUUUAUCACUUUCUUUUCAGACACAGUUUUGAGUUUGGCUGCAUUUUCAUGUGGCACCUGUAAUGUAUUUUAUUGGUAUAUACAGAUAUAUAAAAAAUAUAAAUAUAUAUGAAUACAAACCAAAUGUUUUGGUGGCUAAUGUGCAACAUCAAGCGUCAAGAUAAUGAUGUUUGGAUCUUAUUAUUUUAUUUUAUUUUUUAUUUAGGGACAGAGACGUAAAAUAUUUUUGACUUCGCCUGAGCCUCAUUGUAGCGACACGUUUCAGGUAGCAGAACAUUCAACAUCUCCCAAUAAACCCUGAACUGUUUUCCACUCCCAGAUGUUCCUAAAAGCCAUUUAUUUUUCUGCCCCUGACUGCAGCAUCUAACUUGGCAGAAACAUUAUUUGAGACAUCCACGACUUCUCUUUGUUUCAGUGGUUUGAAGCUGAGUCACAAUGGCAGAUCUGAAUCUCCGUGACGUAGCUCAUAAUCUCAUGUUUUCACUCCCACAAACGCACCCACUAACUGUCGGGAGAAUUUGGGUGUGUGUUUAAGCUGAAGUAUAAGGUGACAGAGACAGAUCCACUGUGUUUUUCCAUUACUGUCUGCAGUCUGCUAUGUGCCAAAGUCCUUCACUCUGGUUUGCUCAUGUAGCUGUGAAGCCCGAUGAACCACCGACCUUCUUGGACUUUUAGAACAAAUUAUCUGGUAGUAGAGAUGCAUUGAUCAGAGUCAACUGACCGAUCUCUGCUUUUUGUAAAGCUUUCACCUGCCGAUACCAAUUUUACCUGAUUCAGAUAUUUCUUUAAGAACUGUGAUAUACAAAAAGCAUCGAAAUAUUUUUCUAGCCUUCCUGAAAUGAGCAGUCUAUUAUUAUAUCGAAUAGAAGCAGGGGUGACGUCACACUGUGUGCUUGGGAGACCAGUUACUGUAAAGUUGAGGUUUACCAUUUUAAAACAAAGACAAAAUCAUUAUGGAGUUCACAUUUAAGCUAUGUUUAGCAUCUCAUAUUAGCAAUUAGGGUCUUGCUCUAAAACAGCACUAUAGGAUUAUAUAAUGUAGGAUUACAUGAUUGCUGAUUAUAGGAUUGCCUAUAAUGUAGAUCCCCUACAUUAAGUCUGAGAUUUCCAGAAUCCUGCCAACAUUACCAAAUCCAGCAUAUUCCAUGACCGAUGUUGAAAGGUCAAAAGAAUGAAACGUAUAAGGUUCAUUGUAUUCUACUUAAGUCUUUCUCACUCUCUCGCAGCCUGAAUAAACUGCAUACGUGUUUCAAAACUUGAUAAGAAGGUACAGUUUUCAAUCAAAUGACUUCUUACAACGUUUAUGUGUCUUCUGACUUAACUGGAGCCGAAAAAUAGCUCAUUCUGAUUCUUCUUCCCUCAUUUACAAUGUCUACGCCGAAAAGUAUUGCUGUUACUGGUGUCUGGUAGCUUUUAGGUAUACUGCGUUCAUCAAUCAUGAAAAAGUCAGAUUUUUGAGUUUCCUGAGGGCUGAUCAAGCUGAAAACUGGCUUGUUCAUGUCUCCAGGUUAAUUCUGGGUGGAAAUCUAAUCAGCAAGUUAAGAACUGGUGGAGUGCAGUAUUAGCUGUGAAUUAGCCGAACCAUAAACACAACCAGAACUUUAUUGUGCUAUUGGACUCAACAUAUUCUAAAUGUUCAGCAUAUUUCUUUCUUUUAUGUUUACAAACAUUCAACUUAUUCUUAUCAAUUCUUUAAAGGACAGUGCCUAUUUAUUUUCUACCAGAAGAGAUGUUCCCUGCCAUGUUUGCUAAUAUUUUAAGAUUUUUUCUACAUUACAUUUGAGCUGCAGUGUUGUUACAACCACCAAGGUCAAUAUUGAGGCUGUGCCCUUUGUGAUUGUAAGGCAAGACAAAUAACGUGGUUUCAGCCAGCAAGGUUGGUCGUAAUUUCACCUGAGUUGCUCAAAAAAUGACCGACAUCAACGUUGUUUGAAUUACCUGAUUGAACAAAUCAGACUUUCUCUUCUUUUUUAUUUUAAAUCUGUUUCAUACAUUAACCAAACACAGCCAUUCUUGUGCACCAUCUACAUAACAUUACCCUCUCACAUAUUUUGAUAACCUUUAUAAAAGGAAUGAGCACAAUCAAAUGAUCUUUCUGCAAUUAGAAAGUGCAUACUGAAUUUUGAGAGAGAGUGAUUACAUCAUGUUGAUUGUUUGAGCACUCAUGCAAUAUUUGCACUAAAAGUAAAGCCCUUAAAUCAACGCAUCAAACGACAGGUAAAGCCAGAGAGAAAAUGCGAUCUCGCAUUUAGAAGACGGAAGCCAUCUUUACAUUUUUCAGAAGCUCCUUCAGGUCUCAGAGGUCCCUUCUAAGAGCCAUAUAUGGAUUCAAAAGUAGCAGAUAGUCGGAUAAUUCACAGAAACUGUGCAAGAUUAUCUUUUCUUUGUUUUAGUGGCAUAAAAAGUGCCAGCACUCAUUGUUAAGUGCCGUGCUGUUCCUUCAUUUGUGCUGUCAUUAACAGGCGCUGUUCUUUGAUAGAAUAGGAGGUGUUUAGUGUUCCUCUCUAGGCUUAAAUUACAUGGGUUUGUUGCAUUGUUGGGAAUUUCAUGACAUUGUAGUUUUGAAGCCAGACUUCUUGUCCUUCUUCCAACCCAAAGCAUGAUCUGUUAUUAAAACUGAAAUAAAAAGUGCCUCCGGUGAAAGGUUUUUAAAGCGAGCUGAAUCGCCAGGCUUCACCCUCACAAGGUAGCGGAAGCAAUGUUGUUCGUUGUGUUGUUUCCUAACUUGCAUGCAAGUCCCUGUUCAUCCCAAUCUUUUGUGAGGCAUAUCGUUGGGGAGCCAAAAUCCAAGACUGUCGAUCAUUCUUUCCUUCACAUUCCCUUUAGUUGCUUCGCUUGUAUGAGUAGAAACAUUUAGGUGCUUUUGUGAGUAAUUUAAUUUUUUAUGUUCUGGCUUCAUUUCCAUAUCGAUUGAAUAUGGGUCCAUGACAGCUAAUCAGUUGUGGGUUUCUAUUAGUAAAUAUGUAUAGUUUUGGGUUUUUUUCCGCUAUAAGAAAUAUAGUUGCAUCUUUUGUCACAAUGAAAAAGUUGUUCUAAUUUUUUCCUUUAAGAUAUGUCCCAUGUGAGCAUUUUGGAUGCGUCGAUGGAAUCAAAGAGAAACGGCGGAGAGCUGGAGUUAAAAAAAUCCAUCUUGUCGCCUUCAUGUGUCCCUUAUCUAAUUAUCUAACUCUGUUCCCUUCCGAUCCACUUAUUCCUUUAUAACGUUCUCUUUGAGAGUUUAAGUGGUCCAUUCUAACCCUUCUUUUGUAAAUAAGGUAAGGUUAUUUAUGUCAUUUUUAUUUUUGUUCUCCCCCCUUUAAUUUUUUUCUUUAUGUGUUAACUGAACUGUAUCGGGACCAUUUUGAAAUUUUUGUUGUUUUGGCCAUUUUUGAUUUGGAAUGAAUGUCUUAAGUAAAAUUUUUUUUAUUUGCCUACGUUGUUUCUAGUGUUUUGUUAUUCAUAUAUGUAUAUAUAAUUAUAUAUAUGAUCAAAUUAUAUAUAAUUAUAUAAUGCCAAAUGGCCUUUAUAAGCAAGAUACUGUUCAAACCUAAUAAAGUGCUUGGAAUUUUAAAUUUUUUUCAGAAUUGUCCAGAAUAAAUUCAUGCUUCUUUAAAUGAA